CUGCUGAGGAUUUGUCCUGAAAUUCCUCUUUUCCCGGAGAACAACGGGGAACUCACGGCAAGGAACGAUACAGAGUCAAACGUCAGGGUGCAGUUGAGGAUUUUUCCCGAAAUUCCUCUUUUCUUGGAGAUCGGGGACCUCCGAGACAUAUUAGAUAAAUCAAACACUCCGUCGGGAUACGGAGGCCAGCAUCGCCGCCGAUCUUUGAGACUGACAGGGAGUGUCGGCGCCAUGGCGAAUCGUUCUCUGCCUCGCCGAAAUCUGGCCAUCGGCGAAUUCGUCUCCGCCUCGCCGAGAUCACCCGAAGCGAGAAGGAACUUUGAGCAAUUUAAGACUAAUUUGCAAGAAUCCAAUAAUGAUCUUUGUACACUUGAAACGGGGAAACAAACGGUAACGAACCAAAAACCAGCACACUUAAGGACCAAAUUUAAUCACUCGCUUCGGGUGAUUUCGGCUAGGCAGAGAAGGAUUUGCCCUGGCGAUCGGCAAGUUUCGGCGAGGCAGAGAACGAUUCACCAUGCCGCCGACACUCCUAUAUAUCUCGACCUCCUUAACAAAACAGCCGUAGUUCCAUAUUUCGAGGACUCGGCAUCUACCUCGUCAGUCUCAAAGAUCGGCGGCGAUGCUGGCCUCCGUCUCUCGACAGGGAAAAAAGGAAUUUUGAGAAAGAUCCUCAGCGACACCCCGACGUUUCGCUCUGCAUUGUUCCUUGCCUUGAGAUCCCCGUUGUUCUUCGGGAAAAGAGGAAUUUCGGGACAUCCUGAGCGGCACCUCGACGUUUGGCUGCAUCGUUUUGUGCUGUAA